GUGUUAUCUUGGUUUUAUAAUCCAUUGUUGUGGAGCAGGAAUCCCUCUAUGCUGUAACAAGUAGGUAAUGAUUCUCAUUGUAAGCUGAAUUUUAUCUGAAAUGGAGUUGGUACAACUUAUAGAUGUUUGCUUGAUAAUUGAAGGCCAAGUAUUCUUCAGGAAUUGAAUAUUUGUUAUUACACAUUAUGAAGAUUUUGAGGCAAUGGGCACUAGCGUUUGCAUCUGGAAAUGAAGGAGAGGCAAAGAUGGCAAGCUGAAGAGGAUGCUCUGCUUUGUGCUUACGUGAAACAAUAUGGCCCGAGGGAGUGGCAUCUUGUAUCACAGCGCAUGAACACACCCCUAAACAGGGACGCCAAAUCCUGCUUGGAGAGGUGGAAGAACUAUCUAAAACCCGGCAUAAAAAAGGGAUCUCUGACUGAAGAGGAGCAGCAGCUAGUCAUUCGUCUUCAGGCCAAACACGGCAAUAAAUGGAAGAAAAUCGCAGCCGAAGUCCCAGGCCGAACUGCCAAGAGACUUGGGAAGUGGUGGGAAGUGUUUAAAGAGAAGAAGCAGAGAGAACAGAAGGAGAACAACAAGGUUGUUGAACCAAUCGAGGACGGAAAAUACGAUAGAAUCCUAGAAACUUUUGCAGAGAAACUCGUGAAAGAGCAUCCUGCCCCAACAUUUCUCAUGGCUACUUCCAAUGGGGGAUUUCCUCGUACUGACCGACCAGCUCCUCCCCCACCAACUUUACUCCCUCCAUGGCUUUCUAAUGCCAAUGCCACCUCAACUGUUAGGCCACUGUCCCCUUCUGUGACCCUAAGUCUUUCUCCAUCGACAGUGCCUCCAUCGCCUGCAAUCCCAUGGCGACAACAUGAUAGAGGAUCUGGUAACUCCCCUUUCUGUUUGGGCAGUUUACCACCACAUGGGACAGUCCCUCCUUCUGGAGAGAAUCCACUGAUUUCUGAGCUUGUGGAGUGCUGUAGGGAAUUGGAAGAAGGACACCAUGCUUGGGCUGCACAUAAGAAAGAAGCAGCCUGGAGGUUAAGAAGGGUAGAAUUGCAACUGGAGUCGGAGAAGGCAUGCAGGAGGAGGGAGAAAAUGGAAGAGAUAGAGGCAAAGGUGAAAGCUCUUAGAGAAGAGCAGAAGGCUACAAUGGACAAAAUCGAAGCUGAAUACAGGGAGCAGUUGGCGGGGUUGAGAGGGGAUGCAGAAGCCAAAGAGCAGAAAUUAGCCGAGCAAUGGGCUGCAAAGCACUCACGUCUCACUUCGUUUCUUGAGCAGAUGGGAUGCCGACCAAGGUUUGCCGAGCCUAAUGGCCGGUAAGGUCUGCAAUAUGUUCCAUUGGGUUGGAUUUUAUUUUGGCUCAUUUGCUCUGCUACUAUCCCUUUAAAGUUUAAAUGCUAUGAAACUCUUUGUUUGAUCAUUUGCUGUAUCUAUAUAAAUACACUAUAACAGCUGUCUAGUCUAGAUAGCUUUGCAUCUGCUUUGGAUGCCCUGAGAGUCCUGUUCUUGGUGAAUGACAUCAAAGGUUAUGGCGCCUUGUUUCUUUGAUUCUCUGAGUUGGAAUUUCUGGUGAGUUGAUACAUUUUGAGGAGUUGAGCAAUGGGGAGUGUGCAUUGGCACUAAGUUUUCGAUUUGCCAUUAUCAACAGCUACUUGGACUCUCACAAGUACUUUCGAAUCAGCUGAACCAUAAUGCAUCUAAGCAGCAUGCUGGCGUCGUAAUAUUGUCUUUACUAGAAUUUAUAUGCUAAUUUGAAACUCAGUAUUUUGGGAACUGCCUGUCAUAUGGUGGAGGUAUGACUUAUGAGGUUGAGUGAACAAUGAAUUAUCGGAGCUGUUGGGAUUCUUGUUGCAUUGUUUGUUUCUGGUUUUUGUCAUCCAAUUGUCUUUAGACUUGGCAAGAAACGGUUCAAAACAGUCUGUUUGCUAAUGUACUGUUGUGAACGUACAGGCUUGGACACAAGUUGCUAGUGGCAAGCGAGUGUGGGUCACAAAAUAAUAGUUAGAAUCUACCGAGUUGAGGGGAAUGAGCAGUAAGAUAAGCAAAAACAGAGUUGGGUUAGAAUUGAAUGGUAGUGUUUAUUCAGGG